AUGGUGGCGAAAACGUUUCGAGAGGAGCCCGUCGGCGGCACCCAUCAACAAGUGGAAUACUUGUUUCCCAACGUGGAGAUUGAUGGCUCGAAAUUGAUCACGAAAAAGGUGGUGGACGAAAGAAAGCGAAAACUGGAAUCUGACGAUGCCGAGGAGGUGUUUCUGCGACGCUACGUGUCCAAGGAAGGGCAGAUGUUCCAGAGCUCGACCAAUGGCGAGUUUUCUGUGCGCUUCUUCGACGAGUCGCACAUCAUGGAGGUGACUGGAGUGAAUCACGAUCGCAAGAGUGUGCGUAUCUAUUUUCCCGAGGGACUACAGAACCAUUGCACGUGUGUGACUGAAAAGGAUGGGGUUCUUUACAUUGAUUCCAUUUCAAACAGCUUUCUGCUGUACAGCGUGAAGCUGCCAUUUGCUCUGUUCAAUGAGGACAACACCGAGCAUUACGACACCUCACGGUUCUUUCAGCAGCAGGAGGACUACGGCAUUCGAAGCCGAAAGCCGCUUCUUCUCAAGUCGCUCAAGGGCCAGUCCAACGAACUUGUGCUAUCUUUAUGCGACGGAGGACUCAUGAAAUUGGAACGACAAGAGAAGAACGGCCUGUUUCUGACAUCGUUAUUUUCCGACCCCUCGUAUCUCACGAGCCUCAAGGACCGGUUCUUCAGCAAGGACAAGAUUGCGUCCAUGCCGCAUCUCAGCAUCCACGCUAUUAUCUCUAUGACAAACUUUGAGAACCACCUGUUGACCGUGUCUGUCAACCAGACUCUCAAAAAGUGGGAUCUGAAUACUCUCACCGGCACAGAAAUCAAGUUUGACAGCGACAAGAGCAAACUCGACACUGAGCCUGUCACUCGAGUGUGUGCGUCGGGCGAGUUCUUCAUCACCUUUUGUGGAGAAACCAUCUACUUCUGGGAUCAAAACUUCGUCCAGGUCUUCUCGUCCAAGAUCCCAGACAUUGGACUAUGGUCGCUAAAGGACAUGGCGUUCCGUCAAAACGAGGGUCAGUUCGAGGUCUCCACCGUGUGGAUGUCUGGUGUGUCCCACGUUGUCAAGAAGGCUACAGUAAACAGAAAUGGAGACAUCCAGUGGUCUGAGUGUGGAACACCUCUUCGAAUGCUCCCACCACUCACAGUCCACGACUACGAGCGUGCCGUCUCUCUUUACAGCGUGCCCCUUCUCAAGGCUGCUCUUUCCAUCUUCUCUCGACAUGGAGGAGGAGGAAACACCAUCAGUGAAGCCAUCUCGUCACAGCUCAGACUCUACACUAACCACAGCGGUCCCGACUACACUGGCUACGCCAAGGACCAGGUUGAGGCUUGGAGCAAGUUUGAAGGUAUCUGCCAGGAGCUCAGCAGACAGGCUAGUGCAUGCAUCGGAAGCAGUCUUUCUGGUGCCCAGAUCUAUAUUCUAACUGGAACCGGUGUGUCUACCAUCCGACCUUCCACUGAACUAGAAAAGCUGUACGAUGAGAGAAACAUUGAUGGCUCCAACUUGUCCAAGCUCAUGUUCACUAUUGAUCGGUUCACUCAACAGCUGACAAACCGAGCUCGACGAAAUAUUGUAUCGUUCAUGGAGGAGGACAUCCUGGCUCUGCCCCACUACUCUCAGGGCAACCGAAUGGCCGACAUGAUGAACGUGCUCAUCAAGGAGGUGCCCAAACUGGCGUACAAGAAGCUGUUUGACUCGUUCAACGGCGUAUACAACCUUCUCGAUACCUUUGACGACCUGGCUGCCGUAAUGGAUACGUCUAGAGGCUCCAUUGAUACAGCCUAUGUUAUGUGUCUUGAUGCUUUGGUCUCUCUUUUGCUCAUUUACAACCGAGACGGAGAUGAAACCGGUCUGGACAAGAACAGAGUCGUUCGCGUGUUUGUGCGGUUCAUGAACCACUUUAGAACAUUCACAAUUGCCCGAGAGUGUGCAUUUCAACAGGGCGAGCGAUACGGCACUCUGGACAACUUUUCGGAGACCAGGUUUUUCGAGGUGCUGGCUCGACUACCUGCUGAUCGAGCAGCCAAGCUCACACGGUUCCUCAACACUGACCGACCUUCUCGGUUUGUUAAGGGUCUGAUUCUGCUCCGUAUGGGUGAGUCCCGAAAGGCCAAGCGAUGUUUCUUUGAGGGAGAGUUCCCCUCCGACGAUACACUGAGCCACUUUGGUCUGCCAGCUCGAGGACAAGACUCAUACUACGAGUACACGAGCAAGGUGAUUGCGGGUCUUGGAUUCAACGAGCUCGCCGUCAUUUUUGCAUCCAGAGUAACAAACCCAGACACAGCCUGUCUCAUCAACAAGUUCCGAUACGCCUUGGCUGCCCGAAACUACGACGUCGCAUACUACACUGCCAUUGCUGAGCUCAAGCAUAAGGACAAUGUGGCCGAGCUGAUCCUGGACAUGGCCAAGCAUCAGCCCCUGAGGCUGCUCACCUACCCCUUCACAUCCUACCAUCCUCUGGUGGAUGCAAUUCUGGCCUCGUCCAGCUUGCCCAACAAGUACAAACUGUUGUACGCCUGGAGAGUUUCUCGGGAGGACCUCAAGGGAGCUGCCUGUGCUCUGUACGAGCAGCUACUGACAGUCAAGCAGGGUAUUGACCAAGGAAUGUCUGAGAAGAAGACGUAUGUGGCCGAGCUCUACUCCAGCAUUCUCAACGUUCUGGCUCUUCAGGGCAAGGACGAUGCCUGGUUUGUUUCGAAUGGAAAGGUUCACACUCUGCAGGAUGUUGAGAACGAACAUAGCCAGUGGUUGGCAGGUAUGGUUCGGGAGAUGAAGUUGGUGUUGAGGUAG